UCAAUUCUUUCCUCUCCCAGCAGCGCUGCUUGUCUCCUUUCCUCUAUCACUCUUUGCAUGGACAUUAUUUUCUGGAAUACUACAUUAAUCAUUCCCUUUUCACCUCUGGAUCACCUCUGACUCGUUUAGGAUUCCGUUCUCAACUACAAGACCGGACAUUUAUUAUUAUUAUUAUUAUUAUUAUUAUUAUUAUUAUUAUUAUUCAACUACCGCACCCCCUGCUUCCCUUUCUUCCUCACUCACAUACACUCCAGUACAUCGGGCUCGUGAGUGUUUGAACCUCCGCGUCUGUGCGCGCGCGCGCGUGUGUGUGUGUGUGUGCGCGUGUAUCUGCAUCUGGUCUUCGGUCCGGGAUCCUAACCGCGCUCGCGUGCCCGAUGCCCGAUGAGUGAGCGCGGACCCGUCGGCGCGAGACUCCGCUCUCCGUCUCGCGCCUCUGUUGGCUGAAUCCGCGACCCGCGCUUUCCUUCCUUCCUCAAGCACGCGCGGGAUACGGGAUUCGCCUUUCUGUUGUUUUUGUUGUUUUGUUGAUCUCGAAGAGGGUUUUCGUGGACCGUUUAGCUGGAAUUACUGGAAUUUUAAAAAAUAAAGGGAUUUAUCCUUAUCAUUGCCAAUCAUGAAGUCUCUCCUGCGCGAGGGAGGCCGACUCUUCUGCCUGGUGCUAUGGCUGAAUGUUGUGCCAGUAUUGAAUGGCUGCCCAGCAAAGUGUGUGUGCUACAGUGAGCCGAGACCAACCAUGGCCUGUCAGCAGCAAGGCCUGUUCUCUAUUCCUACCGAAAUCCCUGUCCGUAGCCAGCGGAUAUUCCUCCAGAGCAACAAACUCACAGUGGUCCGUUCCACCAGCUUUAGCUCCGUGCAUAACCUCACCGUCCUCUGGAUGUAUUCCAACAACAUCAGCCACAUUGAGUCUGGGGCCUUCUAUGGCCUGGAGAGACUGGAAGAGCUGGAUAUCGGUGACAACAGUAACCUUCGGAUCAUCAGUCCCUCUGCCUUUCGAGGUCUGACCAAGCUGCAUACUUUACACCUGCACAGAUGUGGACUGUCUGAACUUCCUAUUGGGGUGUUUCGCGGACUCUACUCACUUCAGUACCUGUAUUUGCAGGACAACAAUCUGCUAGCCCUGCACGAUGACACUUUUGUGGAUCUGGCCAACCUUACCUACCUGUUCCUGCACAACAACAAGAUCAAGGUGGUGACGGACCACAUGUUAAGAGGGUUGAUCCACCUUGACCGCUUGCUCCUGCAUCAAAACCGUAUCAUUCAUGUACAGCAGCGAGCUUUUAACGACCUCGGGAAGCUCACUACCUUGUUUCUGUUUUUCAACAAUCUCACUAUGUUGAGUGGUGAAACGAUGGAACCAUUGGUAUCACUUCAGUAUUUACGUCUCAAUGGGAACCAGUGGAUUUGUGACUGCCGAGCUAGGCCUCUGUGGGAUUGGUUCAAACGCUUCAAAGGUUCCAGCUCUGAUCUUGAAUGCCACCUUCCAGUCACUCUAGUGGGGAAGGACCUGAAACGACUUAAAAGCAAUGACCUGGAAGGAUGUAUCGAGACCAAUCCUCACUCUGGAAAGUUCCUGUCCUUUGACGACCCCAUGGGGGAGAGUAUUCCAAGAUGCUGCCUUUCAGAUAACGACAAAUCCUCCAUCAUUUCCAGCAAGACCCUACCUGACCCCUCAUCCUAUAACAGCCGCCAAAUCACAAACAACCCCCAGAAGGAGAAGGAGAACAUUUCGAAGACGAAGGUCCUAGAAACAGAACGGUUAAAGAACGACACUCGCAGCAAGCAAGGAGUAAGUCUCAAUGAUGGGCCAUUGGCAACCCUUUCCAACAACCUAGAUCAGUCCCUGGACAAACUCAACCCAGACCUGUUGGAUAUGGAACCCUCAACAGCACCUAAAAGGAAAAAAAAGUGCUCCAAAAAGCCCAAAUCAGAUCAGUCAUGUCUGAAGGGCCAUGGAUCUACUCUUAGAGCAUUGGGCCUUCUCUUUUUUCCCAUGUUCUGGUUGUCCUUAACCAUGUCUUAGUUUAAAGAGGACCAAAUUCUCGGAUCAGUCUUGCUCAUGACAAUGGCACAAAAAAUACCUUUGGUAACCUAGAGUUACAGACAGAGACUGUAGAAUGGGUUGCGAGGUUAACCUGCACGGUUGAGAAUGAACAAAAUAUAAAGCUAAAGACACAUUUAAAGAAAUGGAUGCCUUUACAAAACCCAUAUGAUUUAAUGUAUAUAAAAACUCAGUGCCCAAAUGUUUGUUCUAUGUAAACUUUAAAUGUGCCGUGUUUAAGCAACACCGCAGAGAGAGUCCUCUUCCCCUUUACCCGCAAAAGCUUACACUGACCAGAAAGUGACUACCGAAAACACACUUAAAAAAAUCCUAAAAAAAAAGAAAGAUCUUUAAACAAAACCAGAGAGCCGAAAGCACACAAGAAUGUUGAAGGUGCGAGACGAAGAUUUCCGUUGCCAGUGUUAUUCUUCAAAGAGUGAUACAUUUGUUCAAUACUGUUAUGUUUUUUAUGUUUAUAAGUAUUUCUGUAAAGAUAAAAAAUGUUUAUUUCUCCCUAAAACAUGCAGCAUUCUGUCUGCGUCACAACAUGAUUUUUACAGGUGGCGACCGUCAACGGAAUGCUGUCUAUCUGUUCACUGAGAUUGCGAUGGAAUUAUAGAUAUGCAUUUUAUUUUACUGGUGUACAAGCAUAAAUAUAUUACAAAUAAAAUAUCUCAUUUUGUA